AUGUUCAAUAAGUUCAGAAAGCGUGGUACCAAGAAAUCAUCGAAAUCGAAAAUCAAUGGGUAUUCUCUUGACGGUGAUAGACCGUUAGAAGUCUUUGUGAACCAUGAAUCUCGGACCACUACAGUCUUGGCUCCGGCAGUGGCGCCGCCCAUUUCCGCUGCAGUAGAAUUACUACCUCCAGUGCGAGAAGUUGCUGUUUCAGAACGCGCGAGUGUAUUACUUCGAAAAAUUCAACUCUGUUGCUAUGUAUUUGACUAUUCUGACAAUCUGAAGUCGGUUCGUGAAAAGGAAAUAAAACGCCGAACACUUAAUGAGCUACUGGAUAUUAUUCAAUCUGGAUCAUUGAAAUUCGAUGAAGUUAUGCAAGAACAGCUCAUUGGGAUGGUUUCAGCUAACAUUUUCCGUUGUUUACCACCAGCAUCCCAUGAAAAUACAGGGACUGAAACUGUGAAUCCUGAAGAGGACGAAAGACAUUUAAAUUUAUUGUGGCCCCAUUUGCAGCUCGUGUAUGAAAUCCUAUUGAUGUACAUUGUGUCAUUUGAGACUGAGACAAAGAUUGCCAAGCGCUACAUUGACCAUACAUUUGUUUUAAAAUUGCUGGAUUUGUUCGACUCGGAGGACCCACGAGAGCGUGAGCGUUUGAAAACCAUUCUUCACCGAAUAUAUGGGAAGUUCAUGUUGCACAGGCCUUUUAUAAGGAGAGUGAUAAAUAAUAUAUUUUACAGGUUUAUAUUCGAAACAGAGAGGCAUAAUGGUAUAGCCGAACUUUUGGAGUUUCAGGGUAGCGUCAUAAACGGGCUUUCAGUUCCAAUGAAAGAAGAGAAUAGAUUGUUUCUAUUCCGAGCACUUAUACCACUUCACAAGCCAACAUGGUUUUCCACUUAUUAUCAACCACUGUCUUAUUGCAUGACUCAGUUUGUUGAGAAAGACUACAGGUUGGCAGAAUAUGUGAUCAGGGGGUUACUGAAGUACUGGCCAGUCACAAAUUGCCAGAAGGAGGUCCUUUUCCUUGCAGAACUAGAAGAAAUUCUGGAGGCAACUCAGUCUGCAGAAUUCAAACUGUUCAUGGUCCCUCUUUUCAGGCAGAUUGGUCGCUGCCUUAAGAGCCCUCACUUCCAGGUUGCGGAAAGAACACUUGGCCUGUGGAACAAUGGGCACAUAGUAAGCUUAAUAGCUGAGAAUCGAGAUGUAAUAUUUCCACUGAUAUUGGAGGCAGUAGAGAAGAACAUGAAAGGGCAUUGGAACGAAGCAGUGCACGGGCUCUCAGCCAAUGUGCGUGGGAUGUUGCUUGAAAUGGAUUCUAAACUUUAUGAAGGCUGCCUGAGUCUGUACUCAGAGAAGGAAGCCAUGGCUGUAGACUUGGAAGCUCAACGUCAGUUGACUUGGAAGAAGUUGGAAGCAGUGGCCGCACUAGCUGGGACUGUGAGGGUUCAUGAUCAUACGGUUUUGGUUAAUUAG